GCCUGUCGCCAUUCUGUGUCUUUGUACUUCAGUCGCGACUUCAGUGGCUUUGUGCAUUUGCUAACCAUGCCUGAACCAGGGAAAUCGGCUCCUGCCCCUAAGAAGGGUUCCAAGAAAGCCGUGACCAAGGCUCAGAAGAAAGACGGAAAGAAGCGCAAGCGCAGCCGCAAGGAGAGCUACUCCGUCUACGUCUACAAGGUGCUGAAGCAGGUCCACCCCGACACCGGCAUCUCCUCCAAGGCCAUGGGCAUCAUGAACUCCUUCGUCAACGACAUCUUCGAGCGCAUCGCCAGUGAGGCUUCUCGUCUGGCCCACUACAACAAGCGCUCCACCAUCACUUCCCGGGAGAUCCAGACGGCCGUGCGCCUGCUGCUGCCCGGGGAGCUGGCCAAGCACGCCGUGUCGGAGGGCACCAAGGCCGUCACCAAGUACACCAGCUCCAAGUAAGCGGCUGCUCCAGGAGUCAUCGACUUCCCAUGAAACAAAGGCUCUUUUCAGAGCCACCCACUUUGUCAGAAAAAGAUGCUAUUCACUUGAGUUUCAAACAAAACACAAAUGGCUUUUUUAUAUUGUCUUAAGUGUAAGCCUAACGUUAGGGAAUCUGGGAUGGAGGGUUAUCUUACAAAAUAAAGUCCUAUCAAUACAUGUCUA